AUGUCUAAUAACGCGGCUUACGGAACAUGGAACCCCACUGGAUCCAAGUCUAGUCACAGCAGACAUGGCCCAGUUGAACGCAGGACAUCUGAUGGAGAGGAUCAGAGUUCUUACUCUGUUCCCUCAUAUGGCAUGGCGGAGUCCUUCAUACCGCCUGAUCUUAGACCUAUGUCAUCCACCUCAAGUCUUACUGGUGCCAUGGGCGAUGCCAGCAUCUCUAAUUCGCGACACUCUCGUUCUCCCUCUUCGUCCAACAGCGGGAACGCAUACUCCGGCAACCUCCAGACUCCAAAUUCUGGCUUAUGGAACACUUCCUCUCAAAUGAACAUGAUUGCGAUGAACAACUCCGGCUACCCUGGUGUGGCAGGUCACGGCGGGAUGGGAUUUUCUAGCAUGAGCCAAUCCAGCCUUGAUAUGUCACUAAAUGAAUACACGACGACUCGUAACGUUUCACCGGAAUCAAUUUCCCCCCACUCUCCAAACUACCCCAGCGAAUACGGAGGCGACGCGUACCGUCACCACCUAUCCCCGCAACAAGGCGGAGCACCAAUGGGGUACAUUGGUACAUACCCUUCUUCUCCUGACAGCAAAAGCAGCGAGAUCGCAAGCCUCCGACGCAGAAUCAAGGAGCUCGAGCAAGAGUGCAGCCGUGCGAAGGUUGCCCUGCAGGCCAAGACGGGGCUCCCCGCUGCACCGCGCUCGGCAUCUUUCCAGGCUUCUUGGAGGGCACGAACGGAGACGCGCAAGAAGAUGUUCUGCUCUCUUAACAGGGCCGGUAACGCCCUGUGCGCGUGGCACGACUCCCGACGUGAAAGGCGUGCAUACCCUGCCAGGCACGCUCCUCCGGGAUACCUCAACUGUGGCUGCACAUACGAGGAGGCUCUUUUCGAAGAAUCGCUCUCUAGGCACGGUGUUGGGAGCUAUCUUCCUGGAGAGACUGUCAGGAUGGAUCCUGCUUUGCGCAACCCUCUAUUGCGAUUGCUCGAACAGAGAUAUGGGUACAAGGAUGGCGACUUCGAACACGACCCGAUCACCGAAACGUGGUUUGAAGGUGAAUCCCCUAUGGCAUGGGAGCAAAAGGCACAGUCUGGCCAAGUUGUCAAGCGCCGAACCGACGCCGACCGCCAUUAA